AUGCCCUCACAGUCUCUCCCAUCCCCAUCUCCCCCAGCCAUUUCCACCCACUGCCCUCCCUGCCUCUCAAAGCCACUCCUACCCCGGACACACAAAGGUGAUCCUGCCCAUCAAUUUUCAACCACACCCCUCCCAGCCUCUCCCAGCCAUAAAAAGCCAUUCACAGCCACUUCUCUCCCAGCCUCUUCUCCCCCACCCAUUCCCAGGCUCUCCCAGCCAUUCCCAGCCUCUCCUAGCCACUCCCAGCUUCUCUCACAGCUAUUCCCAGCCAUUCCCCUCUCAGCCAUUCCCUGCCACUCCAGAUUCAGCUAUUCCCAGUCACUCCUCUCCCAGACAUUCCCAGCCACACCUCUUUCAGCUAUUCCCAGCUACUUCUCCCCCAGCCAUUCUCAGCCAGUCCCCUCCCAGCCUCUCCUCCCCCAGCCAUCCCCAGCCGCUCCAUUCCCAGCCACUCCUCUCACAGCCAUUCCCAGCCUCUCCCAGUCGCUCCUCUCCCAGCCAUUCCUUGUUACUCCUCUUCCAGCCAAUGCCAGCCAUUCCUCUCACAGCCAUUCCCAGCCACUCCUCUCCCAGCCAUUGCUAACCACUCCUUUCCCAGACACUUCUAAUCCAGCCAUUCCCAGCCACUCCCCUCCCUGCCCCUCCCAGCCAUUCUUCCCCCAACCAUUCCCAGCCUCUCUUAGCCACUCCUCUCCCAACCAUUCCCAGCCACUCCUUUCCCAGCCAUUCAUAGCCAAUCACAGCCACUACUUUCCCAGCCAUUCCCAGUUACUUAUCUCCUUGCCAGUCCUCUCCCAUGCAGUCAUUCCCAGCAACACAUCUCCCAGCCUCUUCGAGCCAAUCCCAGCCAUUCCCAGCCACUCCUCUCCCAGCCAUUCCUCUCCCAGCUAUUGCCAGCCAUCCCUCUACUAG